AUGGGACUCAGCGCGAUACCACAAGCCGAUAUUCCCGAUGCUGAACUGAAUGUGCCUGUCUUUGUGUCUUGGUAUUUAGAAAACGAUGCUGCGCCGCAAGGCAAGCAGCUUCGCGGCUGCAUCGGCACAUUCGAACCACAUCCAUUGUCGCAAGCAUUACAGGUCUACACAAUCCAAUCAGCUUGGAAUGACAAGCGGUUCGAGCCCAUUCGGCCAGCCGAGCUGGAAAAAUUGCAGUGCACAGUCAGUUUGCUUACACCAUUCGAAGAGUGUAAGGACUUAUUUGAUUGGGAAAUGGGUGUGCACGGUGUGUAUGUCAGUUUUGUUAUGCCAGUGGGUGGACAAGCUAUGAGUACAACAGCGACAUUUUUGCCAGAGAUUGCACCAGCUCAAGGCUGGUCAAAGCAAGAGACGAUCGUACAUGCCAUUCUGAAGGCCGGCUGGUCAGGCCAAAUUACCGAUUCAUUUAUGCGCAACGUGCGUUUGUGGCGCUACAAAAGCACUACAGCUACAGCCACAUAUAAAGACUUUGUUGCGUCUCCUCUCCAUGUGUGA